CAACAAGAGCUCAUGAGGACAUAAACGAAACUCCAAUUUUCCAACUAAAAAACCAUUUAUGAAUCAAUAAUAAUUAACAAAAAAACAUAGUAUAGAGAAUGAUAUACGCCUCUUCUCAUUAUAUACAUACAUAUAUAUAUAUAUAGAGGUCAUAUUUAUUAAGAAGAGGGUCAGUAAAGCUGCAAUAGCUAGGUCAGAGGAAGGCUACGCCCCAGCCUUUGACAUACAUAUAUAUACAUAUACUUCAUGUGCAUCUUCCUGUAUCUAUCUAUGUGUUUCUGCAUUAUCAAGAGGCUUACUGGAAUUGCAGAAGAUCCCCUUUUAAGUUCUGAGCUAUUUUUGUAUCUUCGUGGUUAAUAUGGAACUUCGCACUCUGGGCUCCUCGCAAAUAACAUCUCUCAAUGAUGCUAUUAUAGCUCUUUGCAAUGUAGCCGAACCUACCAAGUCUCAGUUUGUUGCUUUUCGCCGAUUUUAUCACGAGAUGACACACACGGAUGAGCAAACUGGCGACAUUUCCAUCUACAGUGGCAAUCCGGGGCUAACAUCUCACACUGCUAUCCUUGGGGCCGUUGAUAUGCUAAAGUCUCUAUGCAAUGAAGCAGCUGGUCUGGAAGCAUUUCAACAGGCUGCUUUUCCGGAUUGUCUACCUAAAGAGAGAGAAGUGGCGGCAAGAAUCACCGCCCGAUUAGCUUUCAUGAUUGAUCCAUCAUCAAGAGAUAUCUACUCCAUGCUAUACAGAAUCGAGAAUGAGGAUGCUUACCCUGUCAAAUGGUUGCCAAACCAGACAUUUAUCCAGUUUUUUCAUGCAGCUUUUCCCACUGAGUCAGUGGAUUGUUGGCACAGUAACACGGAAUGUACGAGUCUGAUGGCAUGGAGCUUGAGAAAGAGAUUGGGUAUCGAGAUAAUUCCUACCAAUGAUCUGGCCGAACAUCUUGUAUACAACCCAAAGAGGAAGACACUGGCAGUUUUUCACCAAGUCGAGUGGCUCAAGGCCCAAGUGCGAUAUACAGCAGAUAGAAGCUUGGAAGAGAGCAUAGAGAUGAGUUUUGCCAACGGGACUCUUCCUCCACGGCUUCUUUUCGAGACCCUUUACACAAUUUACGAAAUUUUAUUCCCAUACGUAACGGACGAUGAGUCGGAUACGUUGGCAAGAGAGCUUACUUCAACGUAUGGUUUGAAUGAUUCGUCCGACUCUGCCUUUGAUCCAAAUCUCAUUGUAUGGGACGGCUCGCUUCGCACGGCACCGCCUUCCUUCAAGCUUGUAUACUGGACGAGGAGGUUGAGGAAUCUACAAGCAGCCGUGGAUCACCCUCCGCCAUCGAAUGAUCUCGUGUCAUGGGUCGAGAGGCACACAUCGGAGAGAACUGCACUUACGGUGGCCCUCAUAGGUCUUUUUCUUACGGCGGCGUUUGGGCUGCUCAGCGUUCUGAUAGGAAUUGCUCAGCUUGUGGUUUCUCUAGAACAAAACAAGCUCGGUUCAUAGCUCUGGGUGUUAGCCAUUUUCUUCUACUGCUACUCUAGGUUCUUCGUUGCCAC